AUGAGUGACGAGACCAGUGCUGAAGGUCUCGGUUGUGUCGAUGCGCACGAAGUUAGGACUCAAGACAUUGAGUGUGAAAUGAGAUGUGACGUGAAGUCUGACAUGAAGUCUGAUCCAAAACCCGGAGAAUUCAUAUUAAGGACACUCUUCGCAGAGUUCGCCAAAGAGUCCCAAAAGAAGAUCGAUUUAAUCCUUUGCGACGAUUCGUUGGAAAAGCCGCUCUCGAAGUCACUCCAGAGGGGCGAAGACCCCGUAUUCGACCAGUUGUUGACAGCUUUCGGAUCAGUUGCCGAACACUGUCUGCCAUCGCUUUUGCGGACAUUGUUUGCGUGGUAUGACAGACAACUGGAGGACAGACAGCUGACGACCUCCCAGUCCUCGCAGACC